AUGACUGAGACAUUUUCGGAUGAGCAGUUAUUUCUCAUUCAGCAGGCUCCAUGGUUUGCAGAGAUUGAAAAUUAUAAAGUCAUGAAUUUCAUUCCAAAGGAGUACAGCAGGAAACAAAUAAAGAAGCUAUUGACGGAUGCAAAGUACUACAUUUGGGAAGAACCAUAUCUUUUUAAGAGGUGUUCAAAUGGUAUCAUCUGGAGAUGUGUUCCAGAUGAAGAAACACAGCAGAUUUUCUGGCACUGUGUGGUUCAGAUUAUGGAGGCCACUUUGGUGUGGGUGGAAGCUGUGGCUCAACCCACCAAUGAUGCCAAGGUGGUCAUGAGCUUUCUUCAGAGAUAUAUCGUUAUCCAGUUUGGUGUCCCGAGUACACUCAUUAGUGAUGGAGGAAGCCAUUUCUGCAACAGACAGCUGGACCUUCUUCUACAGAGAUAUGGAGUCCGUCAUAAAGUGGCAACCGCCUAUCACCCUCAAACAAGUGGACAGGUUGAAGUUUCCAACAGGGAACUUAAGAGAAUUCUAGAGAAGAUCGUCAGUGUUUCAAGAAAGGACUGGUCUAGGAAGCUUGAUGAUGCUCUCUGGGCAUACCGGACAGCGUACAAGACUCCCAUUGUUGAGCUGGAGCAUAAAGCUUACUGGGCAAUCAAGUAUCUGAACCUUGAUUCAGAAGCUGCAGGAAUUAAGCGAAUGCUUCAGUUAAAUAAGCUUAAUGAAUUCAGAUACUCAGCCUAUGAGAAUGCCAAGCUCUAUAAGGAGAGAACCAAGUUAUUACAUGACAAGAAGAUUGCCAUCAGAGUCUUUGAGCCAGGACAGUGA